UGUACCAAACACUUACUAGUUUAUAUUUGUUGACAUUGACAAUGGCUGCUAUUGUGUAUUCAUGUAAAUAUUGCUAUAAAUGGAUCUGUUUUCAUCUACUAGAAACUUCUAUUCUAUAGUUUCAAUUUUAAUUAAAGUAACACUGCAAGAUUGUUUUCCGCGUCUUGUGUAUAUAUUUCUAUCAUUUGACAUAAGAUUGAAUAUUGUGUUAGGUCUUUUGUAGUUGGCAAAUAGAAAAAUGAAUGCACUUGCAGCUUCCAACAGGAACUUUAAGUUGGCUUCUAGGAUUUUGGGAUUGGAUUCCAAGCUCGAGAAAAGUUUACUCAUUCCAUUCAGAGAGAUCAAGGUUGAAUGUACCAUUCCAAAAGACGACGGAACGUUGCAGUCUUACAUUGGGUUUCAGGUUCAACACGAUAAUGCUAUAGGCCCUAUGAAAGGAGGGAUCAGAUACCAUCCCGAGGUUGAUCCAGAUGAGGUGAAUGCUUUAGCACAACUAAUGACAUGGAAAACAGCUGUAGCAUAUAUACUUUAUGGUGGCGUGAAAGGAGGGAUAGGGUGUAACCCUUCAGAGCUAAGUAUAUCUGAGUUAGAAACCAGAGUUUUUACUCAAAAAAUUCAUGAUCUAAUUUUUCUUCUAGGUAUUAAUCUAGUUAUAUGA